GGAAGCUACACCAACAUUAGCGACACUACUGGAGAGCCCAGCAGCCUGGCUCAUGCAUCCGAAGAUGACGAAAGCGACGGACUCGAAACGGCCAGCGAGGCUAGCAACAGCUACCAGUCCUCCGUUCACACUACCUCACAAGAGGCACAUGAACCGGAAGACGAUCUUCAGGGGUUCAUCGACUACGCAGCGGACAAGCUGUUCGAUCAGCUCACGAUCGGCCACCAUGGCUGCACACCUGAGGAACAUACAGAAGCGCACAUCUCACAUGUCAACGAUGUUGCUGCGCAGCGGUCCACGCACGUCCCUCCAGGCGAGGCUUUAGCAGACGAGGGAUUCCCUGAUGUGCUUAGCCAGCCAGACUUCCUUCAGCCCACCGACGUGGGCGCUUCCAGCAUUCCAAGCAGUAGGAAGUGGUCCAGGUUAUUCUCCGGCUUCAAGCCGCCUCGCACAUCUACCCAUCGCGCGCAGCGACCAAAACAUGUGUGUCUCCAUGCAGAGGAAACCAUAGGAGUGAACGCAGACGUUGCGUUCGAUAUAGACAGCUACCUCGGCUUCGCAUCAUGCCUUUCUUUCGCUACACAGGGCAUUGAGUACCAACCCUCUGCGCAAAAUCGGCAGAACAUCCAAACCGAUGUCCACCUAGACGGGACUCGAUAUGGAGCCGACGACGAAGACGACCCAGAUGCCGCUAUCCGAGCGAGGAAGUCUGCACUCCGGGACAUCCCUCACUACCUCCUUGGCCGUGUUACUGGCGCACCGGAUGUCUCUGUAUUUAUUGUGUUUCCUCACCUCCAAUGUUUCGGGACUGAAGAGGACCAGACAGCGGAAGAGAGUAGUACCGGCGCGAACUCCACCAACAGAUUUAAUGGUAUAACUACUGAACAGCUAAGGCGCUGGACUGAUAACAUCUUCAACCCCGCUAUACAAGAGGCAUUCGACAGCCAUUACUCUCAGCAUUUUACCUCGAGCUACACUCAUGCUAAAGCAAACGCCUGUGCUCGACAGACUGAGACUCGCGUCACGAGCGAGAAAGGGUAUCUAACGGAACAGUCAGUCGCCUACCAUUUACAGCCGUAUGCCUUGGAACGCAUUUGGCAAGACGUCCUUGAUACAAUCGCUAGUAGUGACCACCUUCACGACUUCCGAGAUCCGCAACUGUUCUUUACUGCUAAAGGCACGAAGCUUCGAUGGAAGACUAACGAGAAACAGAGGACCCUAGCAGCUGUUAUCGAGAACUUCAUCGAUAACAUAACCAAG